GGUAUUGAUCAUCUUGAUUUAGAAAAAAUAGACUCCAAACACAACUAUGGACAAGCUCCGCGUCGCCCAGCUCCGCGACCUGUGUCGCGAGAACAAGCUUCCGACGAGCGGGAAAAAAGCCGAGCUGCUAGCGAGGUUGAAAGAAGAACUCGGCGAGACAUUGCUGAUCCCCCAGUCUUCACUCGAGCAAGCAUCGCUGCAUGAUCAGCAGCCACGGCCCUCCUCCAAUGCACACGACAAUUCGAAUUCGAAUGCAGGCGCUCGUGGGGCUCCUGCAGCGUCUGGUGCGGGCAGUGGGAAGAAACCAAACCGGGAGAAAAAGGCUGCCGCCGGAGCGGCGGCGGCGGCGGGGGCUGCAGGAUCUUCUUCGGCGUCGCAUCAGGAAGUACGUCCAGCAGCUGUGCCUGAGUCUCACGUUUCAAUAGCCCCCGUCGUGGAGGAAACUGCGAUUAUUCCGGAGGAUGAGAGUAUCGCUGCGGAUCUAGGAGUACCGUCGCGCUCGGCUGGCGAGCAGAGUGCCGACGAGCUCCCUCUGCAAGUGGGAGCCAAAGCGGCCAGGCAUGAGAGUUCUGGUGGGGGCAGUGCCACCGGCACCAAAGAUGUCCUCGCCGCUCGUCCUCCGGUUGCCGAGAGCAUGAACGAGAGACCUCCAUGGAAGAACUACAGACAGAAACAGGCCGUUUCUAGUACGCAACACAUGAAGAUCACGACUGGUUGUAAGCAAGAUGUUGCUGCGAACAAUUCGGACCAUGCUGGAGCUGCCAAAGCGCAAGCUGCAAAAACACAUCUCGACGACGUCGACGAAAUCAUUGUUUUAUCGGACUCUGAAGACGACCGUGAAAUUAUCAAGCCUAGAAGCCACUCCGCGGAACUGGAUCCCCUUCCAGGGAAAAUGGAAAACAAGGCGUCUCAUGGAGAAACUCCGGAACGGGUUGAGAAAGCUGCUUCACGGUCAUCGCCACCACCAAAUGCUGCAAAGCCGAAUGAAAUUUCCGGUGGCAUGGUUACAGUUGUUGAAGAAGCUUUUUGCGCGAAACAGGGACUUUUUGAUCGGGAAGAAGAUCCGCCCAGCGCUACUGGACGUCGUGGGGCUGCGUCAUCACUUGGUGAGAAGCACAGAGGCGAAGGACCAUCAGGCAAUCAAGAAGUAUACGCGCCGGAGGAACGCAAACAAGUAUCACCACCUCGUCCACCACCACCCGGCCAAAGCUUACCUCCACCUACAAACCCUGAGCAGGACGAACCCUUGCAAGAACACCAAGGAGCACAAGCUCGAGUACUAGAUCAACCUCGCGAGGAAGGUAAUAGUACAGCGGUGCCUCUACAGCUCGCGGCUGCAAGUGCUGGAGCUAGUUCUUCCACCGGCAUUUCUUCUGCAAGGAACCUAAUCGACGCCGCGCCACCUGAAAAUCCUGGCCCGCCCAUGCCUCCGCGAACAACGCAAUCCGGCGUGCCGAUCCUGGACGCAACCUUCGCGCCUUGGCAAAAUCCGAAGUCGGGGGCUCAGGUCCACGCUGUUGUGGCUGCGGGCGGCGCAGCCAGCGACGGUGGACGACGAGAGACCGGACAACUUCUGUCGCGAGUUGGCGGAGGACAAACGGGCGAAGUUGUUUCAUCAUCUGGCACCUUUAGCGGUGGUAGUAGUUCCUCAUCCGCCACAUCAUUCAGAAGUGGGGCGGCUUUACAACUAGGUGUUGGUGUUGGAACUAUCAACUCAGCCUGUCUAAACAAGACAAGCGUGCUGACCAAACGCGCCUGCGACCUGGAGAAGACUUUUGUCGGAAGUUUGAACAGCGGCAGCGUUCUUGGAAAGAAAACUACGCCUACGCCUCGAACAGGAGACCAUGGUAACAGGUUGUUCGCGCCAACGCCCUCGGCAACCGCCCCUGCCGCAACCGCGGGGACCGAUGAUUUUGGAGAUGGCAAUUGCUUCUACAACGAAGUCGACGAUGGUAGUGCCGGUAGUCCCAGGGGCCUGAUCAAUCCGGCUUUGCGCAGCGGUGCGCUCAAUGAGUACGUUUCCAUAUCCGAAAAUGAAGUCAAAGUGAAGGAGUCGAACUUAGAGAGCCUUACCUUUACCAAUAUCACCGAGGAGGGCUGGAUUCAGAAAAUGUCUCCACCGAGCCAGGCGGAGUUCAAGCAGGUGUUCGUCGCACCGAAGUUUGUGCAGGCGGGGGUGGAUACGUAUUUGCUGCGUGGAGGCAGUAGACCGAAUGAUCCAAAUGACUUCGGUUCAGGUCGUGUUCUAACGCCUCCUGAUGCUGUAGAGAACAACGCGAAACGCUUCAAGAAAAACGCUCCGCAGCCGUGAUGGGAUGGAAGUUGUGCACCAGAGAUUUCACAAACGCAAACAUGAACGAUGAUGAACUAUGAAGAC